UGUAAAGGUCAGCCCUGCACCCUGAGCAGCAGCUCAGAAGGAGGAGACAGCCUAGCCAUUCUUCAUUGCACCUUGUCCUCUGUGCUCUGGACAGAUGGCUCCUUGGUGACAGCUCCAUAAUGGCAGUGGGUGACACCCUGCUGCACCUCAGGGUUGUUCUGCUUCUGCUCUGGCUGGAGGUGUCCUUGUCCACUUGUGGCCAUUCUCAGGCCAGGCCCUCCCAGCAUUUCACCUCCCUAGAAGUGGUGGUCCCCAUGAAGGUGAUCAGCAGGGGCAGAGGUACAAAGGCUCCCGGAUGGCUGUCCUAUAGCCUGCGAUUUGGGGGUCAGAGACACAUUGUCCACAUGAGGAUCAAGAAGCUGUUGGUUUCCACACACCUCCCUGUGUUUACCUACACGGAGCAGCGUGCCCUCCUCCAGGAUCAGCCCUUCAUGCCUGAUGACUGCUACUAUGAUGGUUAUGUGGAGGGGUUCCCUGCGUCCCUGGUUGCCCUCAGUACCUGUUUUGGGGGCUUUCGAGGAAUGCUGCAGAUAAAUGACCUUGCUUAUGAAAUUGAGCCAAUUAGGGUUUCUGCCACAUUUGAACACUUGGUGUAUAAGAUAGACCAUGAAGACACACAGUAUCCACCUGUGAGAUGUGGUUUAACAGACGAGGAAGUAGCACGUCAGUUGGAGUUGUCGUAUAAUUUCACUCUGAAGCACUCUUAUUUUGGUUGGUGGACACACCGGCGGUUUCUUGAGUUUGCAGCAGUUGUAGAUCAUACGAGAUACCUUUUCACUCAAAGUAAUGUGUCAAUAGUUCAGCGCCAAAUAUUUAAUGUUGUCAAUAUUGUGAAUUCCAUCUAUCGUCCACUUGACAUUGACAUAGUUUUGACUGGGAUUGAGAUAUGGACUGAAAAGGAUCCAUUUUCUACCCGUGGGGACUUAGAUCAGGUUUUGGACUUGUUUACUCUUUGGAAAUCUUUUAACUUUGAUGCCCGAGUGCAUCAUGAUUCUGUACAUCUAUUUGUAAAAGAAAUGUUUAAUGUAAAGCUUGGUGUUGCCUAUGUUAAUGCAAUAUGCCAGAGUCCAUUUAAUUGUGGAGUUGAAGUUUUUGAAGACAACAGCUUGGUCCUUUUUUCAAUUACUGUGUCCCACGAACUUGGUCAUAAUUUGGGUAUGGUACAUGACACUGUAUGGUGUGUCUGUGGGGUAGAAUUUUGCAUAAUGUAUGCCUUCAGAAGAGAAACAACUAAAUUCAGCAACUGCAGUUAUUUAGAUUAUUAUAAUAAUAGUUUGAGUUUUGGAACAUGUAUUCAAUCUCCUCCAAAUGCACAGAAUAUCUUCAGGGGGAAGCUCUGUGGAAACCUAGUGGUUGAAGAAGGAGAGGACUGUGAUUGUGGAAGCCCGCAUCAGUGUAUGAAUGAUCCCUGUUGUCAGUUAAACUGCACUCUGAGUCCUGGAGCUGCCUGUGCUUUUGGAAUCUGUUGCAAAGACUGCAAAUUCAGGCCAUCAGGGACUUUAUGUAGACAACAGAUCAGUGACUGUGACCUUCCAGAGUGGUGCAAUGGGACAUCCCACCAAUGUCCAGAUGAUGUGUAUGUGCAGGAUGGGUUUCCCUGCAGCACUGAUACCUACUGCUAUAAAAAGACAUGCAGUAACCAUGAUAAGCAGUGUAAAGAGAUUUUUGGCCAAGAUGCGUUGAGUGCAUCUCAGAAUUGCUACAAAGAAAUCAACACCCAAGGAAAUCGUUUUGGUCACUGUGGGAUUGUAGGUGCAGGAUACAAACAGUGUUUGACUGCUGAUAUCAUGUGUGGGAGAAUUCAGUGUGCAAAUGUAGUAGAAAUUCCAAAAAUGAUAGACCAUUCUACAGUGUAUCAAUUUCGGUUCAAUAAUACUGCUUGCUGGGGCACUGAUUAUCAUUUAGGGAUGACUGUCCCUGAUAUUGGCCAAGUGAAAGAUGGCACUGUGUGUGGUCCAGAAAAGAUCUGUAUCGAAAGAAAGUGUGCCAAUAUGGUUCGUGUGUCACAAACCUGUCAGCCUACAACCUGUAACAAGAGAGGGAUCUGCAAUAAUAAACAACACUGUCACUGCAUCCGUGGAUGGGCACCUCCCUUCUGUACAGACAAAGGAUUUGGAGGUAGUAUUGAUAGUGGCCCACCCCCUAAGAACAGCAGAGAAAGAGUAGGUGUGUCUGGCAAUGUGGGUUACAUCAUAUUAUUUUGGCUUCUUCCUUUUAUUGUUUUAAUUUUAGGUUUGUUUUUUAUACUUCAUAAGGAAACAAAGAAUAAAGGUCCUUAA